AUGAACGACAAGAUAUCCGUUUUACCUCCUGAACCCAUUCAGCUGCUUGACGAAGACACUACAGAGCCUGAAUUCGAAGUUGACUCUCAGCAGGAGAAUGAAGAGCCAGUCAUUACAUCUGACAGCAAUAGUUAUGGCAGCCGCCGAAGCACCCCAAUUACUAGAGCAAGACCUAGAAGGAGCAGCUCUAUCAAUGCAAACUUUAGUUUCCAAAAGGCACUCGUCAGUGAUUGCACCAUAAUUGACGGAGACCACGGAACGAAGUUUGCCGUUUGGAGGAUCACUGUUCUUCUUGAACCCAACUUGAAAGUCGUCUCUGCUCAGAGAGAAAGCUAUAAAAUCCAAACCUAUAGACGGUACUCAGACUUCGUCAAACUACGAGAGCACUUACUUACAAGAAUAAAAACAGCCAAACCAGAAAAAGUACACCACUUACCGAUUCCCAGUUUGCCUCCAUCUGUUCAGUGGUACAGCACCUGGAAGUACCAGCAAGUAAACCUCAACAGAGACUGGCUAGCCAAAAGACAAAGAGGCCUUGAAUACUUCCUCAACUACGUCAUUCUCAACAGCGAGCUGGUGGAAAUUGCCAAGGACAUACUCGUCCAGUUCCUGGAGCCCUCAAAGAGGCACGCAUAG